CGAAGAGUCAUGAUAAACCAUCUCAGCUUACUACUUAGGUAGGUAUCGAGGCACGGCUGACAUAAAAAGUCGCGAGGUGUGCUCUGAGUAGACGAGAUCUCAGAGCUACACAGAUUCACCAAGCCAAGUUCUUGUGAUAUUUCUCGCAUAUAGAAAUAUUGAGAUCACAGAGUCUUGCAUCCCUUCAUUUUCAUAUCGAUAUAGAACCAUCAUGUCUUCGAUGAGUGACGCAGAAGCACAAUGGCGUGCACAGUUUGCAGCCAUGAAGUCAGCUUUAGCAAAUCUAAAUCUACCAGAUCAACAACGAGACACCGAAGACUUGAAUGAUGAGGAUUUCACAUCCGGAAAUAGCGGUGAUGAUGUUUGGGACUUCAUAUCAGAUACUGAAGAAGACCUGUACAGCAGCGACUUUAUCGACGAGGAGGAGGCCACGAACGGCAUCUCUGGCAAUGCAGAUGGUGGCAUAUCCUGGUUUUCGAAACAAUGUUCGGCCAUUUCCCUAAAGAAAGGCGGACUGGCACCAGACGUACUUGAAGCACAGAUUCUGGAUAUUAUAAAUUCCAGCAGAUCCGAUGGUGAGGUGCAGUCCCUCCUCACCGACCUUAUUGGUUUCGACGACCUCGACUUUGUCAUACAGGUGCUUUCCCAAAAACAGGAAAUUAUCUCAAGCUUCACCGAUAGAGACGUACAAGGUCCGACCGGUCGACUUUUGACCAAAGCCGAAAGGAAUGAGACUCUCCGGCGCCAAGAUUAUGAGCACAAGAAUGCUGCAUUAGCACCUAGUAUGUAUAAGGAGGAGAAAUACCCACACGUCUACAAGAGACACGAUGCUGGGAAUACAUUGAGCCAUUCAGGAAAGAAGUAUGGCCUUCCUGUUGGAAGCGAGAGAAAGCAGUUCGAAAAGUACGAGGAGUACUUCGUACCCGCUGGCAAACCUGGGACGCUUUGGCCUGGACAUAAACUUGUCAAAAUCAGUGACAUGGAUGGUCUAUGCCGCGGAACAUUCAAAGGUUAUAAAACACUGAAUCGCAUGCAAAGCCUGGUAUACCCGGUGGCUUAUAAGAGCAGCGAGAAUAUGUUGAUUUGUGCACCCACUGGUGCAGGUAAAACAGACGCCGCCAUGCUAACUAUUUUACAUACUAUUGGGCAGUAUGUCACGCCAGAUCCAAUCGAGAACAUGGAAACAACAGAUUUUGCCGUCGAUCUAGAAGACUUCAAGAUUGUUUAUGUUGCUCCCAUGAAAGCACUCGCAGCUGAAGUUACAGAGAAAUUGGGCAAACGUCUGGCAUGGCUUGGUAUACGAUGCCGGGAAUAUACGGGCGAUAUGCACCUCACCAAAUCUGAAAUCGUUCAAACCCAAAUUAUUGUGACGACCCCGGAGAAGUGGGAUGUCAUCACACGGAAAGGCACAGGUGAUACCGAACUAGUCCAGAAAGUGCGACUACUCAUCAUUGAUGAAGUUCAUAUGCUUCAUGAUGAGCGAGGUGCCGUCCUGGAAUCUCUAGUCGCACGCACAGAACGACAAGUCGAAAGCACGCAGUCAUUGAUUCGCAUCGUGGGCUUGAGUGCUACGCUUCCAAACUAUGUUGAUGUUGCGGAUUUCCUUAAAGUGAACAGACAGGCAGGAUUGUUUUACUUUGACGGCUCCUUUCGCCCAGUUCCACUCGAGCAGCAUUUCAUUGGUGUCAAAGGGAAGGCUGGUUCGAAACAAUCUCGAGAAAACCUCGACACUGUAGCCUUCGAGAAAGUCAAGGAAAUGCUAGAGCAAGACCACCAAGUCAUGGUCUUUGUUCAUUCAAGAAGAGAUACUCUUCUCACAGCCAAGAUGCUUCACGAGAAGGCUGUUGACCAGAUCUGUUUGGACUUAUUUGAUCCACAAGGACACCCUUACUAUGACCAGGCUGUCAGAGAUAUGAAGCAAUCAAAGGCUCGUGAACUCAGGGACCUUCUUCCUAAAGGCUUAGGAAUUCACCAUGCUGGUAUGACUCGCUCUGACAGAAAUCUCAUGGAGCGGUUGUUCGCCGAAGGCGUCAUCAAAGUCCUAUGUUGUACUGCAACUCUUGCAUGGGGUGUCAAUUUACCGGCCGCUGCAGUUGUUAUCAAAGGCACCCAAGUAUAUAGUGCACAAGACGGAAAGUUUGUGGACCUAGGAAUCCUCGACGUGCUUCAGAUUUUUGGGCGUGCUGGUCGUCCUCAAUUCGAAGACGUUGGUAUUGGUAUGAUUUGCACGACAGCGGACAAACUGCCUCAUUACUUGUCAGCUGUGACGGAGCAACAGCCGAUAGAAUCGAAGUUCUCAUCGAAACUUGUUGACAAUCUGAAUGCAGAGAUUUCGCUAGGUACCGUCUCCUCGAUACAUGAUGCCGUCCAGUGGAUUGGAUAUUCGUAUCUGUUCGUGCGAAUGAGGAAGAGCCCGAUGACAUACGGCAUUGAAUGGGCUGAAAGUAGGGAUGAUCCUCAGCUCGUUCAAAGGAGAAGGCAGUUGGCUAUACAAGCCGCUCGAACACUACAACAAAGCCAAAUGAUUAUCUUCAAUGAAGUUACUGAAGAGCUCAAAAGUAAGGACGUUGGACGAAUUGCUAGUCAAUACUAUAUCCAACAGUCGAGUAUCGAGAUAUUCAACAAAAUGAUGAAACCACAAGCAACUGAGGCAGAUGUGUUCCAUAUGAUCAGUAUGAGCGGAGAGUUUAACAAUAUCCAGUCCAGGGAUAACGAGGCCAACGAGCUAACUAGGAUGAAGAAUGAGGUCGCCAGUUGCCAAGUUCCUGGUGGUAUUGACACUCCACAGGCGAAAACCAAUAUUCUUCUACAAUCUUACAUCUCUAGAGCACAACCAGAGGACUUCGCCUUGUCCAAUGAUCUGAAUUACGUCGCCCAGCAAUCUGCCCGCAUAUGCCGUGCUCUCUUCAUGAUAGCACUCAAUAGGCGUUGGGGUUAUCAGUGUCUUGUCCUGCAGACUCUAGCCAAGUCUAUUGAGAGACGUCUGUGGCCAUUCCAGCACCCUCUGCAUCAGUUCGAUUUGACGAAGCCAGUUCUCAGCCAACUGGACGAGAAAGAACUCUCCAUCGAGAGCCUCAGAGAUAUGGAACCCGCGGAAAUUGGUGGUUUAGUAAAUAACCAAAACGCUGGCAAAAAGAUUGCAAGGUAUAUCGACAACUUUCCAACAGUAUCUGUCGAUGCUGAAAUCGCACCGCUCAAUCGUGAUGUUCUACGAAUCAAGCUCUACAUUACUCCAGACUUCAGGUGGAAUGACCAGUUGCACGGCACCUCGGAAUCGUUCUACAUCUGGGUUGAGAACUCGGAAACCUCUGAAAUAUAUCAUCAUGAAUUCUUCAUUCUUAAUAGGAGAAAGCUUUAUGAUGACCACGAGCUCAACUUUACGAUACCCUUGUCUGACCCUCUCCCAGAUCAGAUUUAUGUAAGGGCAGUGUCAGAUAAAUGGCUUGGGGCAGAGACUGUGACGCCUGUGUCUUUCCAGCAUUUGAUACGGCCAGAUACGGAGAGUGUGUAUACGGACCUACUGAAUUUACAGCCACUGCCUAUCAGUGCCCUCAACAAUCCAGGACUGGAAGAGAUCUACGCCCAGCGGUUCCAGUUCUUUAACCCUAUGCAAACUCAAAUAUUCCAUACGCUUUACCACACACCAGCGAAUGUCCUACUUGGCUCUCCAACUGGUAGUGGAAAGACGGUCGCAGCAGAAUUGGCGAUGUGGUGGGCCUUCCGUGAGCGACCAGGCUCUAAAGUUGUCUAUAUAGCACCAAUGAAAGCUUUGGUUCGCGAAAGAGUUAAGGAUUGGGGUGCUAGGCUCUCAGGACCUCUUGGUCUUAAGCUAGUAGAGCUUACGGGUGAUAAUACGCCUGAUACCAAAACCAUAAAAGAUGCAGACGUUAUAAUCACAACACCAGAGAAAUGGGACGGUAUUUCACGAAGCUGGCAAACCAGAGGAUAUGUUCGCCAAGUCGCCCUCGUCAUCAUAGAUGAAAUACAUCUCCUCGCUGGAGAUCGAGGUCCCAUUCUAGAAAUCAUUGUUUCGCGUAUGAAUUAUAUCGCCGAAUCAACGAAGAACUCGGUCCGACUCCUUGGCAUGUCUACAGCAUGUGCGAAUGCGACUGAUCUAGCCAACUGGCUCGGUGUUAAAGAGGGACUAUUCAAUUUCCGGCAUUCAGUGCGUCCAGUGCCUCUUGAGCUGUAUAUCGAUGGCUUCCCAGAGGUUAGAGGCUUCUGCCCUCUUAUGCAGUCCAUGAACCGGCCGACAUUUUCGGCAAUUAAGACGCAUAGCCCUGAAAAGCCAGUCAUUGUAUUUGUGCCGUCUCGACGUCAGACUCGUCUGACUGCCAAAGAUCUCAUCAAUUUCUGUGGCAUGGAGGAGAACCCUAGGCGGUUUGUCCACAUGUCAGAAGAUGAUCUUCAAUUAAAUCUUACAAGAGUCAAAGACGACGCAUUGAAAGAGGCGAUUAACUUUGGUAUAGGACUGCACCAUGCUGGCUUAGUCGAGUCAGACAGACAGCUAGCCGAAGAGUUGUUCCUGAACAACAAAAUCCAAAUACUAGUCGCGACUAGUACCCUUGCCUGGGGUGUCAACCUACCCGCUCAUCUCGUAGUAGUGAAGGGCACUCAAUUCUACGACGCCAAGAUCGAGGGUUAUAAAGAUAUGGAUCUGACUGAUGUUCUACAAAUGCUUGGCCGCGCGGGGCGCCCACAGUUCGACAAUUCAGGUGUUGCACGUAUCUUCACUCAAGAUGCGAAAAAAGACUUCUAUAAGCACUUUCUACAUACUGGGUUCCCGGUCGAAUCUUCUCUCCAUACCGUCUUAGACAACCAUUUGUGUGCAGAGGUAUCCGCCGAGACGAUUAUCACCAAACAGGAUGCCCUUGAUUACCUUACUUGGACAUUCUUCUUUAGACGGCUACACAAAAACCCAUCGUAUUAUGGGCUCGAGAUCUCAGCUGAGGAACACAACACUAUGGCUGCUCAACAGCUUGCUAAUGACUUUAUGAUUGAUAUGGUCAACAAAUCAUUGGAUGAGCUAGCAACCUCGAAGUGUGUCGAGAUCUAUCCAAACGGCGAUGUCGACCCGACACCGCUGGGCAAAAUCAUGAGUUACUACUACUUAUCUCACAAGACGAUUCGGCACCUGGUGAAGCACGCCAAGCCUAAGGCAAGCUUCAUGGAUGUGCUCUCGUGGAUGUCUCGAGCAACCGAAUAUGACGAACUCCCUGUCCGUCAUAAUGAGGAUCUUAUCAACGCUGAGUUGUCGAAUAACCUACCUUUCUCAGGCAACACCUUCGGACUGCCAAUGUGGGACCCCCAUGUCAAAGCAUUCCUUCUUCUGCAAGCUCACAUGGCGCGUAUCGAACUUCCUAUCACUGAUUACGUGGGUGAUCAGACGAGCGUGUUAGAUCAAGCGAUUCGUAUCAUCCAGGCCUCCAUUGACGUGCUAACCGAGCUCGGCUAUCUAUCGAGCUGCCUCGAGAUGAUAAAGUUGCUCCAAUGCAUCAAGUCAGCGCGGUGGCCAGAAGAUUCGCCGUUGGCCAUAUUCCCUGGUAUCCGUGGAGACUCGAUCAAAGAUACUACAGCGCUCCAGAAGCUAAGCACGCGUACCAAGUCGCAAAUCGAGGAACUUUCAAAGAAGCUGAGUGUUCCGGCUUCUCAACAGAGUCGAUUCAGUCGCGCCGUGUCUACGCUCCCUAACAUCAAUGUUGCCGCAGAGAAUGUCACAGCCCUAUCGCUCACAGUCAGCCUAAAGCGACUAAACGCCAUUGUCGAGCGGGAAGGCCGCAUCUACGCGCCAAAGUACCCCAAGCCACAGACGGAGGGUUGGUUCGUCAUCGUCUGCGACAAGGCUAGAGAUGAGAUCAUCGCGGUCAAGCGAGUGGGCUGGACCCAAGGGCCGAAUCAAUCUGUCAAGGUUGGGAGCAAGCCGACAGCGAAAACGGUCAUCAAACUCCCCGAGCCAGAUAAGGACGGCAAUGCGAGAAAGGUCGAUGUCCUUGUGCUGAGUGAUGGGUACAUUGGCAUGCAGUAUGAAGUACUCGGCGUCGAGAUACCGGCGCUGCCAAAGGUGGAUGAUGAUGUUGAUAAGACCAAGAAGGCCCUUGCCGGUUCUGCUUAGUUAUGGGAUGUAUGAAGUGAUUAACGCUUGCAUGGAUACGAGGAGUGGUGUCUUGCGCCUUGUUGUGGAAGUUCUAGAUUAUGUCUGAGGAUACCGUGAUCUAUGUGUCAUAUGGCUCAGCUACCUUGGGAAAGGCAAUAUAUUGCGAGGAAUCGACAUUUCAAAGGGGUGAUAUAAUAGCUUCCAAACCUUGUUCUUCGAGUUAAACUCCCCGUGUAUUCUACCGGAAUUGAGGAUAGGCACUACUGUAGUUACGAACUAGAGUAGCAUUGAGCCAGGCAAGUAUACUGAAUACACGCACGACCUAUAUAGGUAGGUACCUAGGUAAGCUACACCGUAGCAUCGUCGAGUUGGGUAGGGUUGCAUGCAGCGUGGUCGUUUGCUUGCGCCUUGCUCACUAUCAAUCAUCCCACUAACUACCUGGAAUUAUGUAGGUAUGUGUCCUCGUAUACAGGCAGCAGGCGGACAAGGCAAUCUCGAUAGUCGUCUUAUUUCGUACCUGAUAUAUAUUUCCCCUUCGUCGAGACUGAUUAUUUAGAAGUAGG